AUGGUCUACACAAUAAUUGUCCAUCUUGUUGCUAAACCUGAACAUGUUGAUAAAGUAAAAGCAAAAUUAAUCGAAGCUAGUCGAGUUUACAAAAACGACAAAGAAACAAUCGACUGGCAUGUUGCUCAAGGUUUGUGUCUCAUUCUCGAUCAACUUUGCCUACUAACUAUUCUAUUGUCAGAUGUUCAUGAUCCAUGCAAAUUUUCCAUUGUGGAACGGUAUGAGCAAGAAAGUUCACAAUCUUAUCAUUUAAACAAUCCCUACUGGAAAACAUUUGAUCCAUACAAGUGA